AUGCUCGUGCAUCAAUCAAGGACUUCUUUUACAAUUCUUGUUCCAAGUUAUAGUCCACCAUUUCUCACCAUAUACUUGCUGUCAAUUUUGUAUCAACAAGAGAUCCCUCUCUCCUUUUCCCACUCAAAACUUGGUGGUGAUGAAGGUGGAGUUGGGGGUUGUGGUAAUGGUGGUGGUGGUGGUGGAGAUGGCGAUUGUGGAGGUGGUGGUGAUGGUGGUAGUAGCAACAUGGUGGUGGUUGUGGUGGUGGUUGUGGUGUUGGUUGUGGAGGUGGUAGUGGAUGUGGAGGUUUUGGAGGAAGAGGUGGUUGUGGUGGUGCUGGAGGUGGAAGUGGUGGAGGUGGAGGAGGAGGUAGAGGAGGUGGUGGUAAAGGUGGUGGAGGAGGUGAUGGUUGUGGUGGUGGCGGAGGAGGAUGAGGAUGAGAAGGAUGUGGUGGUGGUGGUUGUGGAGGUAGUGAAUGUGGAUGUGGAAGUGGAUGUGAUGUCAUUUUUUUAA